ACUGAACUGAACGCCGAUUUGGACAUUAAUAUGACUAGACUAACGACAUAUGAGACAGUUGGAGUAUUAGAAGUGUACUGCUCCGACAGAAAGAUGUUGUAAUUGUCCAGCAAGACGAAGAAGAAGAAGAAGGGGGACAAGCCGAACCGGUGGAGGUGGAAGUGUACUGGCGCCAGCCCCCGACAGACUCUGAGCUGAACGUCACAGCAUUCGGGGUACAGUGGGGGCGGCUCUCGAGAGACAACGAGAACGGAACUUCGGGGAGUGCCCAGCUGCUGGACGGCAACUUUACCGUGACCAGUGGGGGAUGAUCGAAAGUCUGGUGCCAAGAAAGAUGGUUCAUUGAUCCUGUAGUGCAUUUUUUUCAAUGUGUAUUCAGCUUUUUUUUCUUUCUUUUUUAAAAGUAAAUGUGAAACAACCCCGUGAGUUUUAACUAACCCAUGGCUCAUAAUUUGUUUCGAAUAAAAUAAGAAAGAGUAAGUUUUAGUCAAAGAAAGUAUAUUUAAUUUUUUAAACAGUGAAAAUAAUCAUAUUCGGUCAAGCAUAUUAUUUUCUUUCGCUCUUUUGGACAAGCUGAAAAUUCUCCUCUCUGAUUUUGUGCAGGAUGUUGAAACAAUAAACCGUUUGGUGAACG